GUCAGGAUCUUGUCACAUCCUGUGUGUCCAUCUGUCCUGUGGGCUCUGUGGUCUUCAUACUUCAUCUGCAUCACUGGGAGACGCAUCAUGACCCUGACCCUCUUUGUCCUUCUGGGCCUUGGGCUGUGUUGGUGCCCAUGGGACCAGGUCCAGGAAGGACUUCCCCCCAAACCCUCCAUCUGGGCUGACCCAGGCCCCAGGGUCAGAGAGGGGAGCCCUGUGACCAUCUGGUGUCAGGGGUCUCUGCAGGCAGACAGCUACAGUCUGUAUAAAGACAAGAGGUCUAAGCCCUUGGACACAAGCAUCCCAGAGGCCUCCAGCAACAAGACCAGGUUCCUCAUUCAGUCCAUGAGCUCACAGUACACAGGGCUAUACCAGUGUGCAUACAGCACUGGGGACACGCUGUCUGAGAGGAGCAAGCCCCUGCUCCUGGUUGUGACAGGAGUGUACAACACACCCUCCCUCUCAGCCGACCCAGGCCCGGUGGUGGCCUCAGGAGGGAACGUGUCCCUCUUGUGCAGCUCACCGUCCACAUGGGACACUUUCCACCUGCUGAAGGAGGGAGGGGCUGAGCCACCCCAACACAGGAAAUUGGAAUGGAAUUACUAUGCUAAAAGGCAGCAGGCUGUCUUCCCUGUGGGUCCUGUGAACACCUCCCACAGAGGGACCUACAGAUGUUAUGUUUCCUUCAGCUACAACCCCAAUGUGUGGUCACAGCCCAGUGCCCCUCUGCACCUCGAGGUCACAGGUAUGUACAGGAAGCCCUCCCUCUCAGCCUGGCCAGGGCUCCUGGUGCUGCCCGGAGACAACCUGACCCUCCAGUGUCGCUCAGAGCCUGGCUUUGACAGAUUUGCUCUGACCAAGGACCAGGGGACCACACCCCACCAGUGUCUCUAUGGGCAGCACAGCCCCGACUUUCCCCAGGGCCCUGUAAACCUCACCCAUGGGGGCCAGUACAGGUGCUACAGUGGACACAACCUCUCCUAUGUGUGGUCAUCCCCCAGCACCCCCCUGGACAUCCUGAUUGCAGGAAUAUACAAGAAACCCUCCCUCUCUGCCCAGCCAGGGCGCUCAGUGCCCUGGGGAGUGAACAUGACCCUGCAGUGUUGCUCUGAGGUCAGGGCUGAUACCUUCCACCUGCACAGGGAGGGGUCUCUGGAUCCUCCCCAGCAGCUUCAUCUGCAGGACACAGCUGCCCCCUCUCAGGCCAACUUCACCAUCAGCCCUGUGACCUCAGGCCACUAUGAGACCUACAGGUGCUACAGCUCACACAGCUCCUCCCCCUUCCAGCUGUCACAGCCCAGUGACCCCCUGGAACUUCUGGUCUCAGGUGGCUCAGGGAAGCCCUCCCUCCUGACCCAGCAGGGCCCCAUUGUGGCCUCUGGACAGAGCCUGACACUCCAGUGUUGCUCUGACAUCGGCUAUGACAAAUUCGUUCUCUCCAAGGAUGGGGGACAGCGCCUUCCCCAGAGCUCUGUCCUGCAGCCCCAGGCUGGGCUCUCUCAGGCUGACUUCCUCCUGGGCACUGUGAGUGGUUCCCAUGGGGGCCAGUACAGGUGCUAUGGUGGACAUAGCCUCUCCUCUGAGUGGUCGGCCCCCACUGACCCUCUGGACAUCCUGGCGGCAGGAUGGCUCCCUGACAGACACUCCCUCUCAGUGCAGCGGGGCCCCACAGUGACCUCAGAGAAUAUGACCCCGCUGUGUCAGUCACAGAGCCUAAGGGACACUUUCCUUCUGACCAAGGAGGGGGCAGCUGAUCCCUGCCUGCAUCUCAGAUCAUAGUUCUGAGCUCAGCAGCGCCAGGCAGAGUUCUCCAUGGGUCCUGUGACCUCAGCUCAUGGGGACACCUACAGGUACUACAGUGCAAACCACAGCAGCCCAUACCUGUUGUCACAGCCCAGUGCCCCCCUGGAGCUUCUGGUCUCAGGGGCAGCCCACACCAUCAGCCCAUCACAGAACAAGUCAGACCCCAGGAGUGGGCAGGAGAAUCCUCAGUUUUGGCACUGGGUGCAGAGGGUCAGGUCCUGCCAGAGGGAGGCAGGUGUCCUGGGUGGACAUUCUGGAUCCUGGGGAGACGUUGGUCUGCCUGACCAUGGUGACUUCUGUCUCCCCAUUUUGUAGACUCCCACCUCCAAGACUACACCAU